AUUGUUACUGGGGAAGUAUAUUAGAAGCACCAAAGUUGGUGUUUACGACAAAAGCAGUCGAUGUUUCAAAGGAGUAGGGAAUCUGCCAGCGACAUGACGUUUUCAAGUAUAAUUUGGUUUGCAGUGAUUUGUAUUAGUGUUUCGUAUGCAGAUAGAGGCUCUCAUGAAAAAGAAGCCAUCUUUGAUUGCAUUGAUAAGUAUGAUAUUCCAGUGUCAGAAAAAGGUUCUUUUGAGAAACAUGACAUUACAUCUGUUGAUCCCUGUUUCUGGGCUUGCAGCUUCAAGACAAUAGGUUUUCUCAAUAGCGAAGGCCAAUAUGAUCCCGAGGUAACACACUCUCGUUACAAAAAGGAAGAUUUAGCUUUUCUGGGUGAUGUUAAAUUGAACAAAUUUGAAGAAAUCGUAGUAAAAUGUGAUGAAGCUAUGGAGAAAAUAACGGGGACUGACUCGAAAGCAGAAUGUGAUAGAGGACUUCAGCUGGCAAAAUGCUACAUAGAAGACAUGAGAACCUUAAUUCUAGAUGAUGAUUCAAAAAAAUAAAUUCAACAUGAUUGGCUUUGGCAAACUGAUCGUUCAUAUGUAAAUAUGUAAUUGAAAUAUAAUAUACAUAAUGCAUA